AGGAGGCCUUGGGUUAGAACGCCAGGCAGGGCUGGAUUAACCCUUUAGUGGGCCCUAGGCAAACCAAUGUGUGGGCCCCAGGCCAGUUCAGACCCACUUCUGCACUCUGGCAUUGCUGCCUGUGGAGAGCAGGGCUCGGCGGCACUGCUAGGAAGCAGCCGCCGCGGCAGCAAGGCCAGCAGAGGGGAGGGAGGCGGAUGGGGCCAUUAGUGCUGCUGCCACAGGGCGAGGGACUGGGGUCGCCCAUAUGUGCCUAGUUUGCCUAUGCGUUAAUCUGGUCCUGAUGCCAUGAGGGGUCGCAGCAGUGGUUUUAUUCUAGGAGUGCAGUGCAGGAGGAGGAUGGCAGCCCCUGCCACAGGCCUUGGGAAUGGGGUAGAGGCUGAAGAGCAUCCAUGUCUUUUUGUGUCCCACAUGGAUUUAACUUUGAUCCUUUAACAAUGUGACUUGACAGUGUGCAAGGGAGGAUUUUCAUAGAUGUUAGGGGAUGGAAGGGACCUUACAAGAUCAUCGGGUUCAGCCCCCCUGCACUUAGGAAAGACUGCUGAGAUCAGAUGACCCCAGCAAGGUGGGUGUCAAGACACUUAUUGAAGAUCGCUGAGGUGAGUGACUGUACCACCUCUGGGGAGAGAUUUUUCCAAACCCUCAGUGUGUAAAGAAGUUUUCCCUUAUGUCUAGUCUAAAGCAAUCUUAAGUAGGUUUGUUCCUAUUGUUUUGUAUCCUCUCCUAGGGGUCCUUGGUGAACAGAUGCUCCUCUAGGCCCUGAUACACUUACAGGCUGCCACCAAGUCCUCUCUGAGUCUUCUCUUAUCCAGGCUGAAUAGUCACAUGUCUUUCAGCCUCUCCUUGUCUGACCAAAGGCAGAGCUAUUCCCGCACCAGGAAUUGAACCCAGGCUGCCUAGGGUGCUGAACCAAGAUGUCCCCCUUCCUUUUGGAGCUGUAUACCACACCUGCCAUUGAACAUACAGAUCUCGGAUUGGCCUCUUCAGUCAUCUCCAGACUCGCCAAUGACUUUCCUAUCUACUGGAAGACUGUCAUUGUCAUAUUGAGGAACUGCCACUGCUGGUGUUGAACAGUUACCAUGAUGUUACAGUGGACAGUGAGCAAAGGAAGCAUAAGGGAAACAGGUACCUUUGUAUUCCCAUUUCCAAAGGUUUAACUCAGCACAGAGGUUCUUCACUUUCUCCAUACGAAGAUCCAUCUUGUCCCAGAAUCCCUCUUCAAUCUGGGUGGGAGAAACAGGACUUAAUUAGAUCCCAACCUUCAAACUCAGUCAUGUUCUGAUCUGGAAUUUUGGUUCAGUGAAGCAGAAGUCUCCAUUCAGCUGGCUAAUACUUUCAAGAGCUCUGUAAUUUCAGUGGCAGGUGUGGGGGGAUUCCAUCAUAACUCUGCGGAAAUGCAACACAAAAAUGGUCCGGAUGAUACAUGUGGAGCAAGUCCACAUCAUGUAAUCACUCUAGAUUUAGCCAGCACCAGAGGAAUGCAAAGAAGUGUUCAGAGAUAGUUUAAACAAGCUUUCUAUCCCCUGUGUUUAACACUGAGGAACUGGCAUUUUUUCCCCUUUAGAAUGGGUCUUUUCUUUCCUCCACAAGACUGCAGUUGUGGAGUCUUGGGGGAAGCCAGGCUCCGAAAGGCGUGACAUGUGCCACUGCACUCUGGGCUUCACACAAGGAGGCUUAUUAUGUGUUUGCCUUUUUUUGUGUGCAGAUUUGCAUGGACAUGGUGUGAUGUGACUUGUGAAACCUCUCCCCCUCUAACCCUCCCCGAAGCAUUUGUUGUAGAAUGCCAGUGUUUCAUUAAGGAUUAAACUCACAGAUUCCAGUUCUUCUUUUAUGUUGAUUUUAUAUCAGUCAGAUACCACUGACUGAAGUUAUGUCAACUAAUUAUCCUACAGCGAAAAAAGGAAGCCAAACCAAUACCCAUCUGGAAUCACUGCAUUAGAAGAAAUACAGUUACUUAAGAGUUAUACCACUGUCAAUAAGAACAGGAUCUGGCCAAGUAGCAUUAGGCUAGUUUAAGCCUAGAGUGAAAUCAGAAUUAGGCCCACACUGGUUGCACUGGAGAAAAAGGGAUUUUCUUGAGGUACUGCCUUAGAAGUUACAAAAUUGUAAUCUUAUUUUUCAUUCUACUUUCAUUAAGUUUUACAUUUUUAAAACUGCAUUGGCUUCUGUCACAACCCAAUGAUUUUAGUGCCUCGGCAUGAUGGAAUUUUCCCGCCACAUGAGAGUCUCUGUGCACAGCAAAAGUUUUCUGCUGCAAUAGAAAACUCCGGUGCAAGAGAGUUCCCGCCAUUCGCAUGCAAAUUUGUGUCCCACUAUUGGCCAGUUCUAAAUUAUUCCUACGUGGCGGCUAGCGAUUGGCUUGUUAGCCGUAUAAAAUUCUGUGCGACUUCCGCCCAAGUGGGAGAACUUUGAGCAUGCUGCAGAGUGCCUUUGAAGAUUCCUGACUUGCGGCUGAGCUGAUCGAUAGCCUGAUCACCUAUCGAUUCUUCUCCCCAUCGCCGAGCGCAAUCCUUCGACGUACCCUUUUCCCUGCUGGCCUGUUUCGUAUACGGAUUCGCUGGCCUGAGCCUUGCCAGCUGGAGCAACUCGUGUAGUUGUUUAAGUGACCGGACCACCUGCGUCGUGACGACUAGCGGCGUAAGUAAAGCUUUUUGCAACCAAUAUGCUUUGUCUGCCUCUCCAUUCACCAGCCCGCCCAAACGACCGAGCAGUUUAUAUAUCACCUCAAGUCGGCUCCGGCCGUCUGAGACAUGGCGACGAGGAUGGGAUCUAAGGGCACGGUGAUGGAGACGAACCUAAUUGGGUGCUGCCCUUGGCGCACCGGGAUUCGCCGCGUAGAGAAUGCAAACGAUCUAUGGGCGCAUAUCGCCUACCACCAGGCGGUAGAAGGGGAUGAACAAAAUAUUGAUGGCUACUUCUCCGUAAAGAAAGAAGAAGCGGUCAUAAAAGAGUGGAGGACAAAGCUAUCCCUUGGGGAGUUCGGGUGUAUAAUGGGGAGCGAUCGGGUCUAUUAUCGACCCCCGGAGGAAACAUCGACCAUAUCCCUAGCCGGGGUGAAGGCGCGGAAGGCAGAAAAGCUGUCCCCCACUCAGGAGUUUGCUCAGUGCACCUGAUACCUGAGGGAAGGAGGGGAACCCACCCCAACGGACUGGUUCAACUGUCCGGAUUUGGUGCCUGGGUCGCGGGGUCAUGAGCUUCUCAUUCAGCUCCGGGAGGACCUGGAGAUCAAGGGCCGUCACAUGCCCAAAUGGGGUUUAACUAAAUGGAAGAAGGGAAAAAUGAUGAAUGUGUUGUUCUGUACAGUAGCGAGUCUACUAAGGGAAUAUGCAAAUUUGGAGGUUCAGCUGCAUACGGCGGGUAAGGAGUCACUGGAGUGGACAGCAAAGAACUCCAGAGUGACGCUUAUCAAUAGCGCCGGCCGCAUGAUGCCGCUGACAGAAAACGGCGCCGAACGAAAUGUGAGCUAUCUGGAGAACCUGGAAAAAGAGGGGCGGAGCUUUGGAAGACCCAGCGGGGAUCUGCCUAGCGACUCUGCCCCCUGAGGUGACGUCGUUCCCAACGGCCCCGCCUCCUUGCCUCGGGGAGGGGGCAAUGGGAGGAGGGAUGUAUCCAACACUCCCGCAUGAAGAAUUUAACUCUCUCUCUGCCGCAGCUCACCCGAUAGCUGUGAUGAAGCGUGUUGCGGAUGAAGAAGGUACCACGCGUACCACUGUUACCUCUCGCACACGCACCCGACCAGAAAUUCAGGAACUUUGCAGAGAAUCUAAAAUAAAACCAGAAGAAACUUUGGCCAUGUGGUUGGGACGAUUAAUAGUAGAGUUUGGAUCUGACAUUUUAGACAGGGAAGAAGCAAGUGCCCUGACCCGACAAGCGGCGUGGAGCGGAGGGCGUGCUACUGAUUUGAACGUGGUCAUGGACAGUGCCCACUGGCCCAUCCCACUCCCGGCGCUUGUGGUGGGACAGGUAACCCACAAAUUCCACACCUGGCAUGAGGGUCGCCCGCAGAAGGCCACUGCGGAGCAACUCCUCCUAGCCAUAAUUGGAGUAUCAUAUCUUUCAUGGAGCCCAAGAGCGAAUCCAAUGGGGCUAACAGCAGCCCAACGCAAGGAAAGAUGGGCUCAUCGCCACCUAUCGGACCCCGGGGCAAUUCCAACGCCCCUGGAAGCUAUAGACACCUGUGUAGAGGUAUAUGGAGGAGCAAAUGCUGUUACGCUCCGACUCUUUUUGAACCCGAUGGCAGGUCAGCCAGUGGGAAAUCUCUUAGGCCAUCUCCCACGACUGCAGGCGCUCAUGAAACAAAGUGAAGGAACUUCUGAUGAUAUAAGAGACUGACCUUUGGCAUACCCAGUUGAAACACCGAGACCAAAACGUCAAGAAUUUACCCCCCGGCGAGAGCCAUGGUGGUCACCUCGAAGAACCUUGAAGGAAAGACAUAUGUUUGGAUUUCUCCUUGCCCACUCUGGACUUACAAAGUAUCAGUUGUGUAUUUUGGGAGAAAGGAGCCAACGUCGUCUAGCUGAAGCAUUAGGAUUUAAAUUCGAGGACCCACCAGAAAACGAGUAAUGGCCGUCGGCUCCACCAGCGGCCUUCUCCAACUCGAACCUGACCCUCCUCCUUAUGCCGAACUCACUGUUUACAACCCUACUGAUCCAGAUGAUCAACAACAAGUACUUUUCCUCCUCGAUACUGGAGCUCAGGUUAACGUAAUUACCUCAACAAUACCCCGCCAGAAAACCACCAAAAUGAUCAAGGUACAAGGGCUUAACACUAUUGCAGUCACCACAAAGGUCAAAUUCUUAGUCCAAGGUUAUCGAUACGCUCUAGAGGCCGUGUUAGGGGGCAUCAACAUUCUAGGAAUCCCAGGGAUUAAGGCCCUUGACCUUAAGGAACAAGUGCUACAAGCAUUACCCAUUAUUAUCCCAGCACAGGAUUGGCAUCGACCAAUGCUUCGUAACACCUCCACCUGGCGGUAUCGACCAAUCCCAACCAAGAGUCCCCUAAAAAAGUCCCUUACUGACCUCCUGCGGUGACUCGAGCAACGAGGUUGUAUUAAAACCGUAACUGCUAGCACCUACUUGUCACCAGGAUGGGGAGUCGCGAAACCUGGAAAGCCCAACGAAGCCCGGCUAGUUGUCGAUUAUAGAGAGGCCAACAAAAGAUGUCAAGUACUUCAACAACCUAAUCCUUCUACUCUGCCACAAUGCAUGUUCGAGAUGGCUCAAUUCCAGCGACGUAAGUGGGUCGGGGUCACACUAGACUUAAAAAAUAUGUUCUUUUUCAUUCCAAUAACUGACCCUGAAGGAGUACUAAAUAUGUGCAUUGACGGCACUAUGUACAGGUGGACGGUUUGCCUGCAGGGAUAUCGCAACGCUCCGUCGCUGGCUACUGGUGCCAUGAACAAUACCCUGAAGAAUUUUCAAGCCUCACAUUCUCUUCCCCCAGAGGAGGAAUUAAGAAUCUGGAGUUAUGUCGACGACAUUGCUAUCAUGGGUCGUGAUAGUUCCGUGCUUACUAGUAUAGUCAAUCAACUAGUCGCUCACCUUCAAAGUGAGGGAUGGACGAUCAACGAGGAAAAGUCAUGCCUACAUCCUGUAGAUGACAUUACAUUCCUCGGCACCCGAUACAUCGGUUCCAUCCGUCACGGAAUCUCACAUGAUGGUCCUAACAUCGAUCCAUCAAAGACAUUCCUUCCUGUUACUAAGAGACACUUCCAACAGCUUUUAGGUCAUUUAAACUGGUACGGGCAUUAUGUUGAACCCAGUCAUUUGGCACUCCUCACUAAGUUGCAACGAGAGAUCCGUGACAAAUCCCGAAAAUCCACGCCUUGGACAAAAGGAGAUCAGCGGAACCUGCUUCGCCUUCUAGCUACGGUUAAAAACACACAGCUCCACGCCAUCGAUCUAGGUGAGCCAUUAACCGUAACCCUUGGGUUCACCACAAACCACGUGUGGGCUAUGGCGCACAAUCCUCGCGAUGAGCUAGUAUACACUGCCCAUAAGACGCUUCAAGUGGCACAACAUCGAUAUGGAGCUAUAGGGAAAAUUCUCCUAGCCGGACAACUAGUGGAGCCAUUAGCAAGGGGGCAUGGGACACUACGCGCUCCCGGUGCCACAUUGUUACCCUUGCUGGAUGCGGAAAAGGUCGACCCGCAUUUUCAGGGGGAGCCUAAAACAUGGAAUACACUGGUGCUUACCCACCAUUACAACUGGCACUGUUGGAAGUUUGAAGAUACGGCGCCUAAUCCUAGCCCAGAAGAUGAGAAAAAGGUCCCUACACUGUAUGGAACCUCUGCCCCAGCAUGGAUGGCGUCAGAUGGAACUUCCCGACAUGGUGGAGGCUAUGGGUAUUACUGCAAGGCUUGUCACGAUAAGGAAAUAUUUCAAGCCUACCCAGAUGACAAUUCGGCCCAAAAAUGUGAAUUGUUAAGAUUCCUCAAGGUACUGGAGCACUGUCUGACACAUCAUGACGAUACGCUCCCCAUUCCAAUCAUCGCAAUCGACUCGCAGUAUAUUUACAAAAUUCUUACUGGUACAGCCCUUCCUACCGAAAAUUUGAAUGAUUGGCAAGACAUCUGGAAAAAGUUAACUAAAUUUGCACGGCUCCUGUUGGUUAGGCACACUAAGUCACACCGUCCGGAUACUGAUCCAGUACAUGAGGUCAUCGAUAAGCUCUUAGAAGACCUACUCGGGACCGACGUAGUUUUGCCUAUCACAUCUACCUCCGGUCCUGAAAUAAAUCUGUUCCUCACGUGGCUUCAUGAAAAUUGGGGUCACCCAGGACCACGAGCUUGCCAUCAACGUUGGUGCCGAACCAUUAUGGAGCCGACCUCAUACGGAGUUCGGCGCGAUUGGGAAAAGGUAGCUCAGGCCUGUGAGAUAUGUGCUAAGGAGAAGUGUCAUAGAACUAAGCAUCAACUCGGAGCUUUCGACUCUUCGCAGUUCCAGGCAGGAAAAGUCUGGCAGGUAGAUCUGCUAGGACCCCUCCCAGGGUCUAAGCUGCCAAAUAAAGGAUUAGUUGUUGUCGACUUGGGAACAAGAUAGUUACAAGUUAUUCCCUUACGGAAAAGCAAUGCCACUGCUGUUAUUUCCGCUUUAACUGCUGUAUUUGCCACCUGGCAACCUCCUCAUGAGAUUCAGUGUCACGGUGGAGUCCUCACGGAGGGCCGUGAUCUCCUUGAGGCCCUUUCAUCGCGCUACUUCAGCCCGAGGGCACCCUCCAUUCUCGCCCGCCACGUCUUGAUGGAAUAUGUAAUAGGGAGGCUGCCUUGUGUUUCCUUGGGCACGUAAGCUCCUGGACCCCUCGUGGGUCUCCCCGUACAAUGGGCGCUACCCAAGCACCCCAGCCUUAUGGGCUAUGCGUGGCUCCUACCUCCUCUGAUACCACGCCCCAAGCUUCGCAGAUGUAAUAGACGUUGUUGGGUCUGUCUCUCUCGUGCCCAGCCUCCCGCUGGGCCUCCCCUGAUGGUACGGUCCCGCUCAGGGACUCCCUAGCGGGCCCCGGCCCUUCCCUGGCCAACCGCACGGAUACCCUCUCUGACCCCGGCUCACCGCGCUGCUACUCCCUGUCUUCUCGGGGCAACCGCAGCGCCCUGCCUCGGUCUGAGGGGUGUUGCCGCAUUAGCCUGCGGCCGGGCUCGCUAUGCCCGUCUCGGGCUUCUCAGUAAUUGCCCCUCUCUCUAGGGCUCCUCAGUAUGGCGCUCCCCCUCUUUGGGGCUCGCCACGCCCCCACGGGGCUUCUUAAUCAUAUACAGUGGUGCUCCCCCUUUUUGGGGCUCGCCAUGCCUCCACGGGGCUUCUCAAUCAUAUAUACUGGCGCGCCCCCUCUUUGGGGCUUGCCAUGCCCCCCCACGGGGCUUCUCAAUCAGAUCGCCCCUCUCCCUGGGGCUGGGGUCCAUGUACCCCGCACGCAAUCCGGGGUCUCGGUCCCCCGUCUGCAACCUACCGUUUGCGCCCGCGACCCACUGGCCACGCUCCUCGCCGCCAGUUGCUCACGCACUGGCGUGUGAGCUGCGCCUUCCCUGGCACUAUGAAAAUAAUGCGCCCUCUUGGCGCUAGGGCACCCCACACUCUCUGGGGUCCCUAUAAUUGAGGCCUCCUCCAACCCCUACAGCCUCACCCAAGCCUGCGGGUGUAAUAACACAAACACAACGCAAAACCACAAGCCCCUAGGCUGUAACAUAACCACAAGCCACAUGGCCAUAACUCAGUAUCAUAGCUCGAGCCUCCAGGGCUAUCACGAGCUGUACUUGCAACUCAGGCUCCUUCCCAUAUCUCGGCUGAGGGAGCUCCUGCCUCUCUGGCUGCUGGCAGAGAACUGCCAGCCUGGCCUCAGCCCUGGGCUUCAUAAAGGCCAGGCCCUGCCCCCUACAGGCAGCUGGCUCCCCUUAGUUGCACCGGCAACCCGCAGCUGGGCUCGUUACCCAGGCAACCCUCAGCUGGGCUCGUUAUGUCAGGCCAGGGCUCGCUCACUCGCUCCCUGGCUGUUUCUCCUCUCUAGGAGCAGGGGUACCGAGGUGCCCUGCGACAUUCAGUCUGAUGGGGGACCCCUGUUUAACUCUAACGCUCUAGCCAAAUUUGCUCGUCUUCACAGUGUAGCAUGGCAUCUCCAUCUGCCAUACCACCCGCAGUCCAAUGGUGUUGUAGAAAGACAUAUAGGCCUAUAUAAAGAACAACUUCGUCUCAGAGGAGGAGGGACGUUUAAAAACUGGACUAAAUUCAAUCAUGAUGUUCUCAUUUCACUGAACACCUCAAAACCGUUAUGGGACGAAGCUAAUGUCCAGAAACCUCUACCUUGAGAACCUAAGUUCCAACCAGAUGAAUUAGUGUGGAUCUCAGUACCGCACCCCCACCAGUCUCAUCCGCAAGUUCACAAGGGAACAGUUCAACGGUCGGGACAAUAUCCUAAUACCUAUUCUGUCCAAUUAGAGGAAAAGCCUGAUCGUCCCCCUAUUAUCGUUCAUCACAACUGGAUGACUCGUCGUUCCGACGUUCACCUAGUAUCCUUAUAGUAAAUUCAGUUACGAUUCUCUUUUGUUUUGUUUUGUUGUUUUUUUCUUUCUUUACAGGCCUGACUUCAACAAAGCAGUAAUCUACAGCCGCUCGAUUGUGAGAUCCGUCGAGCACCCAGCUGCGGUUCCUUCGAGUCAACGAAGUGACGGCUAUGAAGGGGACACCGAGGCAAUGAAUGUCUGUUGGGUCAGAACUCGCUCUGAUGCUGCUCCUCUCUCAUUUCUGCUGCAGUGUGUUAGUUAGACCUAUUGUUGAUCCAUACGUAACAGCAGUUUAGGGAAAGAAUGUCACAUUAAAGUGUAUAAUUGACAUGAAUGAAACCAUAAUACAAAUUUCAUGGGAAAAACUACAUGAUAAAAGUGCGCAAACUAUUGUUGUGCAUCAUCCUGAAUAUGGGGUCUGUUCAAAGAAAAUACCACGGGAGGGUGUUGUCUAGAAGUUCUUCGCCCAUUGAUGCGACGAUCAGUCUGCAUAAUGUGAGUUUCUAUGAUGAAGGAGAGUACAUAUGUAAGGCGGUCACAUUCCCCUUAGGAAAUACACAAUCGUUAACAAUGGUAACUGUACUUGUUGAGCCCACUAUAAGUUUCACCAAGGAGCCAAAUUCUCUAAUAGAUGAUGGAAAGUGGACAAUGGCAGCUAUUUGUACAGCAGCCACUGGGAAACCAGCUGCAAAUAUAAGUUGGGAAGGAGACUUUGGUAAAAUAGAAAAUAGUUUAAUUUCCUUUCCAAAUAGAACGGUAACAGUUAUAAGCCGAUAUAAGAUCAUUUCUACUAAAUUUGCGAGGGGAAGGCGUAUAACUUGUAUUGUGAAACACCCAGCUUUGGACAGGGAAAUAAGGUACUUUCAUGUCCUAGACAUCCAAUAUGCCCCUGAAAUAUCAAUAACCGGUUAUGACAAAAAUUGGGUUUUUGGCAGAAAGAAUGUUCAACUUAAGUGUAACGCUAAUUCUAACCCGCCGCCUAUAAAGUUUACCUGGGCCAGAUUAGAUGGACAAUGGCCUAAAGGCUUACUGUCUAUAAACAAUACUCUACAUUUCAAUGGCCCACUAACCCACAAUCGUGGCGGGACUUAUAUUUGUAGGGUGACAAAUUCCCUUGGUCAAAGAAGCAAUCAAAAGACUAUUUACGUAUCGGAUCUUUCUACCAUCACUACCACAUGAUCACCUACGGUUUCAUGGUAUCCUUCAACUAAUAGCAUUACGGGUUUAGCGUCAGCAUUAACCUCAACAGUAAUUCAGGGAUGCAGUUGGGGUACCAUCAUUGGUAGUGCAGUAAGUGUAAGUCUCUUUCUAGUACUGGGAAGUAUUUUAAUUGGCAUUGUCUGUUAUGGAAGAAGGCGAACGUUCCGUGGCAACUGUGUCAUUGAGGACCACACUCCGUCGACUGACAUAGAGGAAGAGUCUCAAGUAGAUGUUUCCCAGCCAACUGAUAAUUAAUAAUUAUUGUUAUAAGUUCAAGUUGUUAUAUUUUAGUUUGUUAAAGACCGGUCUGUAAAAUUGUUUAUUUGUUUAAUUAUAUAUUAUUGUUGGUUGCUUAAGCUCUGCAAGGCCAGUGAAUCCUGAAACAAAAAUUCCUUAUAACGUACUCAUGUGUCUAAAAUUCCAGUUGUGCCGUCGGCAAGGGGGCAUGUCACAACCCAAUGAUUUUAGUGCCUCGGCAUGAUGGAAUUUUCCCGCCAUGUGAGAGUCUCUGUGCACAGCAAAAGUUUUCUGCUGCAAUAGAAAACUCUGGUGCAAGAGAGUUCCCGCCAUUCGCAUGCAAAUUUGUGUCCCACUAUUGGCCAGUUCUAAAUUAUUCCUACGUGGCGGCUAGCGAUUGGCUUGUUAGCCGUAUAAAAUUCUGUGCGACUUCCGCCCAAGUGGGAGAACUUUGAGCAUGUUGCAGAGUGCCUUUGAAGAUUCCUGACUUGCGGCUGAGCUGAUCGAUAGCCUGAUCACCUAUCGAUUCUUCUCCCCAUCACCGAGCACAAUCCUUCGACGUACCCUUUUCCCUGCUGGCCUGUUUCGUAUACGGAUUCGCUGGCCUGAGCCUUGCCAGCUGGAGCAACUCGUGUAGUUGUUUAAGUGACCGGACCACCUGCGUCGUGACGACUAGCGGCGUAAGUAAAGCUUUUUGCAACCAA